AUGCAUUCUUUUGUUUCCCGCAACUGGCGGCUUGUGUAUCAUCUGCAUCGCUUGCAGCAUUAUUUGCUGGAGAAGAGGGUGGUGAUGAUUCGAACAGUCUUCCCAGCUCAGGGUUACGCAGGUGUUACUACAGUCAUUAUUGACAACAAAUUUCCGGACUCACCUGAGGCAUUGUUUACGAAUGAGGAUAUGUCGCUUAUGGCGAAUGAGUUCACGAAUCUGCAGCAUUUGGAGCUUCUUGGGUGUAGUUUAGUCACCGCUAGUGGGCUCACCUACUUAGCGAGUCGUUGUCUGAAACUCAUCUACCUGCAUCUCUUGUGUUGCUCUCGAUUUGAUGAUGAUGCUGUGUUGGCGGUGGUGAGAGCCAGCAAGAGCCUCCAGCGUCUCAAGAUUUCAUACUGUGAAGUGACUUUAGCCGGGAUCCACACUCUCGGCACACUCACGACCGUAUCUGCUGAGGGUUGUCCAUUUUCCGAGGUAAUUGGUUCUUUUUUGUCUUCCGUGUAG